ACUUACGUAAACAAAUUGAAAUGAAAAUUCAAUUUGUAACACGACAGUCCUCAAUUUGUGAAAUAAAUUGAAUUUGUUUGUGCGGCGUUUUGUAAUUAAAAAAGAAAAAAACGUUUUUAAUGAUUACUAUGUAGUGUAUUCAAGUUGAUUUUCAUUGCACAAGAAAAUUGAUAUUCAAGUUUCCACAAUGGCUCUGAUAGAACAGCCGUGUUAUACCAUCAUCAAUUUCCGAUCUGAUACGGAUACUCCUAAUGAAAUGCAAUUGAAAGGCGACUUGGAAAGAGGAGAUGAAAAAACAAAAAUUGAAGCAUUGAAGAAAGUCAUACAAAUGAUUGCCAAUGGAGAACGGUUGCCUGGCCUUCUGAUGAUUAUAAUAAGAUUUGUUUUGCCCCUGCAAAACCAUCUAAUUAAAAAAUUAUUGUUAAUAUUCUGGGAGAUCGUACCAAAAACUACUCCAGAUGGUAAACUAUUGCAAGAGAUGAUUCUAGUUUGCGAUGCAUAUAGAAAAGAUUUACAACAUCCCAAUGAAUUCAUUCGUGGAUCAACGCUCAGAUUUUUAUGUAAAUUGAAAGAACCCGAGUUACUAGAACCUUUAAUGCCAGCUAUCCGCGCAUGUUUGGAACAUCGACACUCCUAUGUCAGACGAAAUGCUGUUCUCGCUAUUUUUACAAUCUACAGAAAUUUUGAAUUUUUGAUGCCUGAUGCUCCGGAAGUGAUCGCAAAUUUUUUGGAAACCGAACAAGAUAUGUCUUGUAAACGAAAUGCGUUUCUCAUGUUAUUGCACGCGGAUCAAGAAAAGGCUCUAUCUUAUCUAGCGUCGUGUUUGGAUCAAGUUUCUUCUUUUGGCGACAUAUUACAACUGGUUAUUGUGGAAUUGAUAUACAAAGUGUGCCACGCUAAUCCAUCAGAAAGGUCUCGGUUUAUUCGUUGUAUAUAUAAUUUACUGAAUUCUAGCAGUCCAGCUGUUCGUUAUGAAGCAGCUGGGACCUUGGUUACAUUAUCCAGUGCACCUACUGCUAUCAAAGCUGCUGCAUCAUGUUACAUAAAACUGAUCGAAAAAGAAAGCGAUAAUAAUGUUAAAUUGAUUGUCUUGGAUCGCUUAAUCGCGCUUAAAGAACACCCAAGCCAUGAAAAAGUGCUACAAGAUUUAGUAAUGGAUAUUUUAUGCGUUUUAUCCAGUCCUGAUUUGGAAGUUCGAAAAAAAACUCUUAAUUUGGCAAUGGAAUUGGUGUCGUCUAGAAAUAUUGAUGAACUAGUUUUUGUUCUCAAGCAAGAAAUUACAAAAACGCAUAACACUGCGGAACACGACGAUACAGGAAAAUAUCGACAGUUAUUAGUUCGAACUUUACAUACUUGUUCGAUUAAGUUCCCAGGAGUGGCAGAAAAUGUUAUACCAGUGCUCGUGGAGUUUUUAUCAGAUUCUAAUGAAUUAGCCGCGACUGAUGUUUUAGUUUUCAUUCGAGAAGUCAUUCAGAAGUUCGAAAAUUUGCGAUCCCUGAUUAUCAGCCAACUAUUGGGUGUUUUUCGUACUAUUAAAUCAAUGCGGGUUCAUCGAGCUGCAUUAUGGAUAUUGGGAGAGUAUACGUAUUCAAUACGGGAUAUCUUAGCUGUUGUCGAUCUAUUGAAACAAUCUUUGGGAUCGAUUCCUUUAGUGGAAGAUGAAAUGCGUUUAGCGUCUGGUGAUAAACCAGAUGAAGAGAAGAACAGUUCCGAAAGUAGCGGUCCUUCUGUAUCUACUUUGGUGACUUCAGAUGGCACAUAUGCCACCCAAUCGGUAUUCAGCACUAAUGUUGCGACCAAAAAAAGCGAAGUCCGUCCUCCAAUGCGGCAAUAUUUGAUGGAUGGAGAUUUCUUUAUUGGUGCUUCUAUAGGUACUACUUUGGCAAAAUUAGCUUUGCGUUAUAUAUCCCUUUCAAACGAUGUCACGAGCCAGAAUAAAUUUUGCGCAACGACAAUGUUAAUCAUUACAUCUAUUUUACAUUUGGGCAAAUCAGGUUUGCCUUCAAAACCAAUAUCAAAUGAUGAUGUGAAUCGACUUUUAUUCAUUUUGAACGUAUUGGCGGAAAGAACUCCCGAAAUUGUUGAAGUGUACACUAAACAUUGUCGUACAGCUUUAUCUCUAAUGCUUGCUGCUAAAACUGACGAAGAAGCUGUUUCUAGCAAAGCUAAGGAAAAAGUUGGAGUUAAAGUACACGUUGACGAUCCUGUUACAUUUAUGCAACUUUCGAAUCUUCGUGGAUCAGAAUUCGCUACUACUGAAAACGUAUUUGAACUCAGUUUGAGCCAGGCCGUUGCUGGAAGCGCCAUUAAUGCACCGGACGUGCAAAAUAUUUUAUCUGCUAGUAAAUUGAAUAAAGUUACUCAAUUAACUGGCUUUUCCGAUCCCGUUUACGCUGAAGCAUACGUACACGUGAAUCAAUACGAUAUUGUAUUGGAUGUUUUAAUAGUGAAUCAAACAGGUGACACCCUUCAAAACUGUACGUUAGAAUUGGCUACGUUAGGGGAUUUGAAAUUGGUUGAAAAGCCUCAACCUGUUGUAUUGGCUCCUCAUGAUUUCUGCAAUAUUAAAGCUAAUGUGAAAGUAGCUUCUACCGAAAAUGGAAUCAUUUUUGGAAACAUUGUGUACGACAUUAGUGGUGCGACUAGCGAUCGCAAUGUUGUGGUGUUGAAUGAUAUCCAUAUUGAUAUAAUGGAUUAUAUUGUUCCUGCUUCAUGUACAGAUACGGAAUUCAGACAAAUGUGGGCAGAAUUUGAAUGGGAAAAUAAGGUAUCCGUAAACACCAAUUUGACAGAUUUACACGAGUAUCUUCAUCAACUUCUCAAAAGCACAAACAUGAAAUGUUUAACACCUGAAAAAGCUUUAUCAGGUCAGUGUGAAUUCAUGGCUGCUAACAUGUACGCGAGAUCAAUUUUUGGAGAAGAUGCUCUUGCGAAUUUGAGUAUUGAAAAAUGUACGAACGCAUCCGAUUGUCCUGUUACUGGACAUAUCAGAAUUCGAGCCAAAAGUCAGGGUAUGGCUCUCAGCCUUGGAGAGAAAAUUAACCUUACCCAAAAAAAACAACAGAAAAUUUCCUCGUAAUUUUGGAAAUGAUCAAGUUGAAGUUACAUUCUAUAAUUUAUCAUUCAAAAAAGUUAUAUAAUUGUUUUAUGAAAUAUACUUUACGAAUUGAA